AUGGGCUUCUGGAACGACGGUAUCCGGGACCGCAGCCGCAGUCGCAGCCGCAGUCCAUCACGAAAAACAUACUACUUUGCUUCCCGGCCGGCGUACUCGCGAAGCGCAUCCUCCUUCUUCUCUUUCGGCGGCGGUUCUUCUCGAGGCCACGCCCGCCCCCGGCCCCGGUCGGGCUUCAUCAACCGCAUUCGUCGGUUCUUGCGCGAGAUAUACUCGUACAUGCGCCGACAUCCGGUCAAGGUGUUUCUGCUUGUCAUUAUGCCCUUGAUCACUGGCGGUGCGUUGACCAAGUUGCUUGCCCAGUUUGGCGUAAGGCUGCCUCGUGGGCUGGAGAAUCUGGCAGGAGGCCGCGGAUAUCGGCAGGAAUCAGAGAGAUUUUAUGCCCGUGGCGGCGCCCGUGAUUUUUCGGGUGGUACUUCUCUGCCCGGAAUGGGUGGUGGUGUGGGAGAGAGUAUUUCCUCUUUGGUGGGCAUUGCCCAGAAAUUUAUGUGA